ACAAGGAAAAAAAAAAAAGAAGAAGAGAACUAUGGCAGAGUAAGUCACGUAUUAGUGAUUAAUAAUUAACAUAAUUUUUAAUAUAACUCAAUUAUGAAUAAUCAAUCUAUAAGUCACAAUUGACAAUAGGCAUUCUUAUUUUAAAAUUUACAUAUGUAUAUAUAUAUACAUAUAUGUAUGUAUGUAUGUAUGUAUGUAUGUAUGUAUGUAUGUAUAUUUAGCCAAAGGAAAACGAUAAAUGCAUCGCAAAAGAAAGUAGAGAUAGCAGAGGACCCUGGUGGGGCUGGGGAGGGUAAGAACACGAAGAAACGAAAGUCAAUUACGAAAUACGAGUUUGGCAAACGAUGGCACCGUUUUCGUGUCCUGACACCGACUUCUUCAAUUUUACGUGGUUCCUUUGCGAUGAACGAUAGUCAUUUCAAAUACAGAAGCCGUGGUCGUCAAGCAGCACCAUGUUCAGUCGUCGCAAUCGUUUAUGGUCGAUUAUUUGACCCUAAAGAAUGGAUACAGGAUUACGUAGAUCAAGUUAUUGAAUACGGGGAUAAGUUAUUUCGCAUAAGUAUGAUGAGAAAUCGCGUUAAGGAUAACGAGUACAUGAAAGCUACCCUAGUAUUUCCAGAAUUCUAUAUUGGCAAUUAUAAGAUUUUAAUUUGCAUCGAGGAGACCGGUAUUUAUGGUAAUCUAUUUAGCGAGACCAUAGGAUGUUCAGAUUUUUCCGAGGGCAUAAUAAGAUUCUUUAACAACAAUGAUGCUGGCAUUAUUACUGCUCAAGGUACAUCAGUAGCAAUGUGGCGUCAUUCCGGCAUCGGUUUUUUAUAUUUUGAUCCUGGACCAUGCGAAGAGCAUGGUUUACGUCGUCAGGAUGGGGUUGCCUGUUUGCUCAGAUUUAAAUGCAUGAACGACAUGCGUGAUCAUUUUCUAAAGAAUAUGAACAAAAGUUACGAUUCGAGAUAUUGUAUAGACAAAAUGAUUAUUUUACGAGUUAACGAGGUGGGCCGUGGUUACAUCGAUAAAAUUCCCGAUGAAACCGAUUUGGUAAUUGACAGAAGUGUUCUUAGAUCUAUUAAUCCCGUUGAUAUAGACGAAAAUAAAAUGGAUUGUACUAGGCCUGUUCCUAAAAGUGAAAAGGUUAAGGUAAUGCCAAUUGCCAAAUUUCACAAAGAACCAUUGACCAUAACUAUUUCGAAUUAUAGUAUCGAUAAAAUGUUUGCUACGGAACCAUUGGUCGAUUUGAGUACUUUCGACACUGGUUAUCCUUACGAUAACAUGCAGGUUAAUAUACCUUCGUCCUUUCAAGAAUUACCUAAAAAAAUGGCAAUACUUCAUGGCUUGACUCAUGAAGCCAGUGACAUAUACAAAGGUAAAGGUGGUCAAAAUGUGGCUAACUGUGUAAUGGCUAUUGCUAUGAAGAAGAUACAUCCUGUUAAAACUUGGCUGAGACCUAAAUUAGACGAGAUAUUGGCAUUAGGUGAUCAACUUUAUGCAAUUGUUAAGACCGAAAAGCCUUUCCUCAAGACAAUGACUGCUGCUGAUCUCGAUGACAAUUAUAUUCAAAUAGAAGAUCAUAAACUAGUGAUCAACGUUGAUCUGAUAACUAUUACUGGAACGGUUAUUUCGAAACUUCCGGAUAUACUUAAUUUAAAGCAAGGAUUACGUGAAUUUUUCUUGAUUAAUAAUGAAGGUAUCAUUGAAACUCCUAUGAUGGCUGUAGCUAUAUGGACUCAAGAUGAUUUUUAUUAUGCUUUCGAUCCACGUUAUUGCGAUAGUUUCGGUAAUAGAAUAAUUGAAGAAAAAGCUAAAGGUGGUAAAGCUGGUAACAGUAAUGCACAAAAACAAGUUCUUGGAAAAUGUUGCGUCAUAAGAUUUCCAGAAUCUGAUGAUCUCGCAGCAUGGUUUAUCAAGAAUCUUGAACAAACUCGAAAGAACGAUCGAUUUACCAUACGACACAUUACAAUACUGGAAGAUAUUCCUGGUAUUAGAGCUUGGAAUGAUUUCGAGCCGGGAACACCAGGAGAAACUUGGAUUCUUCGUGGUGAAAUUUCUAACCAAGAUGAGUCAUUUGAAAAUAGUAAAGGUAUUCAAGGUUUGGCUAUACCCGUGGUAUCUUUGAUUUAUGCCAAAGAGACACCACCAGCCAAAUGGACAAGUGAGAUUAUCGAUGAAGCUAUACGAGACGGUGACGAUUAUUACAAUGUUUGUUAUCCAUCGGAAAAAACAGAGGGUAUUCAGCGACCAUUUCUGAUAACCAGUUUGAAGAAAAAUUUUUAUUUAAAGAAUAGAAAAGUAAAGAUCGAAUUAGACGAUUCUAUUAUAGUUGGUGAUUUGAAUACAACACCCGGAAAAAAUGUAUUAAAUUUAGAAGAAGGAAUUAAGAAAUUCUUUGAAAAUUAUCAAUAUGGUAUAGUCGAGUUAGGUAACUUGGCUGUUGCGAUUUGGAAAUUUGAGGAUGAUAUGAAAUACAAGUUUCGCGAUAAAAACGAUGAAAAAGUGACGUAUUAUUAUUGCUUCGAUCCAAAUCCUCGUGGAAAAUUAGGUCAUACCCCUGUAGCGGGGGCGGAAGAGGAAAAUGUUGCUUGUGUGAUACGAACUCUCAGUCCUAAGGUUCUGUCUUCUUUUAUCGCAACAAAUGCUUUUAUACCACGGGAUCGUGGAACCGAAUAUUUCAUUCAUAAUUUGAAAAGUUUGUCUAUAGGAUUACCUAUGACGGAAGAAGAAUUAGAAAUAGAUAAGGAAACACCGGAUGAACCAGAGAUGUAUCAUUAUUCGAAAUUAGCCGACGGUGGCGCAAUAAUACAAGGUAGUUUCAAUCAAGCAAACGAAAAGAUGUUUAAAAGACAAAUGCGGGACAAACAACAGGCGGCGAGUUCUCUGGCUGCUUUAGCCAUGACGAAACUUUAUAAUCCACAUUUAUGGUAUCGUGAGGUAGUCGAUGAUAUAUUGAAGAUAGGCGACAAGAUAGCAACGGAUAAUAUUAAUAAUUUACCAGAACCAGAUAUCGAAGAGGACACAAGAAAUUUUCUUUUACCGAUUGAACUAACUGAAAACUUUGCCAUUGGUGUUAAUCGUAUGAAUAUUAUUGUGGAAGAAGAUGAUAUUGUUGGUAAAUCCACCGAUAUCGGUAAAUUUUUGGAACAAUUCUUUGAAAAUAACGUUAUGGGUAUAAUCAAACAGAACAAUAUCAUAAUGCCGUUUUGGAAAGAAAAAGAGAUUUUUUUCAUGAUGGAUCCUAGAGGUAGAGAUUCUCGUGGUGAACCUUCGGAUAAAGAUCCAGCCGCUGUAAUGUGGUUCACAGAUCUUGCAUCCUUGGCUGCCAAAAUUGGGGUAGGUUUGAUCGAUGAAAAGGAUAUAGCAAUAGAUAACGUGACUGUGAACAAUGUAUUUGAGACACGUCUUACUGAAACGGAACAUCCUAGGCGUACCACUUCUGGCGAUGAACUUUGGCAUAAUUUUCCUAAACUUGAUGAUGGCGUUUGGAGUAUUGGUGGGAACGUCACGAUGACAGAUGCUAGAUUCGACGAAGCUAAUCGUAAUAAUCAGACUGCAGCUAUUGCCACAAUGGCUAUCAUUUUUUCCAAAGUAUACGAACCACGAUAUUGGAACACUGAUAUUAUCGACGAGGUGAUCGUUACUGGUGAUAAAUUACAUUCCAAAUGCGUCGAGAGAUUAGGAGAAGUUAAAGCACCGCGUAUCAAUGAAAUCAUCACGGAAUUCUUUCUUUCUUCUCGUAGAAUCGAUUUAACGGUUAAAGAUUGUAUCGAGGCUGGCGAUCUUAGUGGGAAAAUACCUAAAUUACAAAACUUGCAAAGUGGAUUAGAUAAAUUUUUUAAAAAUUACGAUUCUGGUAUAUUAAUUGCGAAUGAUAAUCGACACAUACCCAUUUGGAAGUUCAAGAAUGUUUAUUACUCUCUUAUACCCGAUUGGAUCACUCGUACCGAAGAGGAAGAGACAAUAGCACCAAGAAUAUUUCGAUUUGAUAACAUUGAAACCUUGGUUGAAUAUCUAUUAAAACAUCUUGGAAAAGAAGGCGAUUAUGAGAUCACAGCGAUCGACGUUGUUGAUUGGAAUAAAUCAGCACCAUGGAAAUUUGAUCCCAGUCCAGCAAUACGUCCAUCGAAUUUACCACCAUUAAACGCUUAUCAUAGACUCCAAGGUGAAGCUCGUGCGAUUCUACGAGGAAAGUAUCAUCAAGGUGACGAAAUAUUCCCCGAAAUUUUACGUAACAGGCAAAGCGCAGCGAAUUGUGUGGUUAGCCUUGGAAUGUCCGUAAUCAAGAAUCCCAUAACUUGGACGAAAAAAACAAUGAAUGAAAUUCUUGUUAUUGGUAGUAACGUUCAUCGCGAAACUAUGAAGACAAAGCCUGGAAAAUUGAGAUUGAUACCUCAGGAUAUAAUUAGAAUCUUUUACGUAGGUGUCAAUAUUUUGACUGCAGAUAUAGAAUCUAACACGGUAUCAGGUAUAGUUUCUAUACCCCCACCUGAUCCUGAGGACAAGAAGAAGAAAAAAAAAGGCGAAAAGAAGGCCAAAAAAGCUGGAGGAAAAAAAGGUAGGCCUGUUAGGGUUCGACCUCCUCCGCCACCACCUAUUUUACUCGAAGAAGGUUUGAAAAAAUUUUUUGAAAACAAUCGUGCUGGAAUAUUGGUUACUGGCCGUGGCAUGAUAGCCAUUUGGAAAAACAAGGGUAUUUAUUUCAUGUACGAUCCUCGUGCACGUAACGAUCAAGGUCUUCCCGAUUUCUAUGGAACCUCCUGCGUCAUGUGGUUCGCCUGCAUGGAACCAUUUUACGAAUUGAUCUUUGCUAACAUCGACGAACGAGAAAAAUAUGCUAAUUAUCAGAUCUCUCGAGUGAUAAUAAAAACGGUAAUGAUCGAACCAUUGCCUUGUCCUGCUGAUUUCUGUCCAUAUUUCGAUUGCAUAGCACCGCCAAUACCUGUUACAACGAUGAAGAGGACGACAACAUUGGCUGUUGAAAUUGUAACGGAUUAUAACAUUGUUGAUGAAGAACAAAGCGUUCUACGUGGUACUUUGCACAUGGGUCAUCGUAUAUUUGACGUAAAGAAUAGAGGACUCCAGAGCACUGCCAUUGCUGCAGUUGCCAUUGUAGUUGGUCUGUUACACGUUCCAUCUUCUUGGACACCGAAUCUGAUCGAUGCUGUGCUAAAAUACGGAGAUCUUUUACAUUCCGACAGCGUUCGUGCCGCACGUCCAGGUGCCAGAAAUCUCUCACCAAGUGAACUCUUGACUGUUUUCAUCGUAGGUGAUUUUCGUGCUACCAUACACAUUCACAAUCACACCGCAGCUGGUUUAUUAUUUGUCUAUGAUCUAUCCGAAGCUUUAAAUAUGUUUUUUCGUACAAAUUGUGCCGGUAUAUUGCAUACUACCAACAUGGCUGUUGCUGUUAUGCAACAUUAUGGAAAAUUUUAUCUCUUUGAUCCGUGCUCUUGCAACGAACAGGGCCAAGCCAAUUUCGAGGGUUCUGCAUGUGUGGUGAAAUGCGACAAUAUCAUGAGAAUUGCCAAAAUAUUCAUUACGAAUUGUAAUUUGAAAACACCCAAUGUUUAUACCUUAAAUGCGGUCAAUAUAUUGAGUUUACAUUUCUUCUCGGAUGCCAAAUCACCUUGUCCAUCUAAAUGUGAGCAAUAAUGUAUUGCCAAUGAAUAUAUUAAAUUAUACGAAUGUAAUUUUAUGUAAAAUUAUGUUUAAUUAUGAAGGACUUAUAGUAAUUUUUGUAAUAUUAAAUACCAUCGCAUUUCUUCACCAAUAUAUUUAUAUAUUGAAGACUUUCAUUUCUUUUCUUUCGAUUUCCUAAAUUAAAUUUUAACUACGAAGGUAUGUCAAUAAAGUAACGUCACGCUCGCGACAACAUUCUCAAAUGGCUAAUUUUAUUUAUAGGUUUUCUUUAUGACACAAAUCACUUUUAGCAUCUACAUGAGUAGGAGUACAGGCUAAUACGAGAAUGAAUUUGAUACAGAUCACUUAAUAGUGUAAAUACAAUGUUUCUUUCAAAUUACACGCUAUAAACUAGAUACUUAGAAAACACUGUACAACGCAGCUGAGAACUGUCGAUGAUACUUUACAAUAUGAUACAACCAUUCAUUUUAUGUUUUUCUUGUUUUUUUUCUUUUUCUUUUUUCUGUUUUUUUUUUUUUUUUUUGUUUUAAGCGAGACGAUUCCUUAUAUAUCGGUGGUGUUGUCCGUUUCUUUUCUUUUUUUUUCUUUUUCUAUUAUGUUCUCUCUCUCACUCUCUCUCUCUCUCUCUCUCUCCUUGUUAUUUCGUUUCGUUUUCUCUCUCUCUCUCUCUCUCUCUCUCUCUCUUUUUUAUAGUUUUUCCUUAAAGUUUAUCGACCGUCACGAGAAUCUUGUUGUAACAUAAACAACACAUUAUCGCGAACGCACAGAACAUAUCCGAUAGGCCAUGUUUGAACGGGUCCAUGGGACUCACCAUUAAAAAAAAACAAAAAAAAAAAAAAAAAAAAAAA